AAGAAACAACUGUGAUUUUAACAGAAGAACUGACACUCUUUACAUAAUUUCAUUAUACAAGACAAAAACCAUUGGGGCACACACAGUACACACACCCUCCCACCCAAUCUGAAUCCAUCUUUUUCUCAUCUCCAGCAAAAAUAAAAAGUUUGCUUUUUUACCAUUUUCUAUUCUUUUCUUUUCUCUCUCUCCAAACAAUUCAACCAAAGAAACAAACAAACAAAAAAAGCCAAUUUUUAAUGUUGUUUUUUAAUUUUUACCAUUUCCCUCUCCCCACUUUCCUUUUUGACAUUGAAUUUGGAGGUCUCUGCCCCCUGCCCAGAUACCAAACCCCAUAGGUCACAUGCCCCAAUAACCAGACCCAUCAAUUCCCCCAUACCAUAACCCACAAAGCACCCAAGAAAAGACACAACUUCUUCCAUGGCGGAUUCUAGAGCCUGUUUUGGUAAUGGAUCGCCCAUAACUAAGAUUGCCCAAGACCAUCUUUUUACAAUUUUACUUCUUCUACCUAUAGAUUCAGUUGUGGCCUUUGCAAUGACUUGUAAGAGGUUCAGGGUUUUGGCUACUUCUGAUGCACUGUGGGAAUCGAUUUGCAGGAGGGACUGGGGACCCUCUUCGGUUGAUGCCCUCAAGUCUUCAAAUCAUUAUCAAAAUCAGAUGCCAUGGAUGAGGCUGUACAAGCAGGUUUCUCAGCUGGAUUCGGUUUCUUGCUAUAAAUUGUCUGACACAGAUGCUAAAAUGGAGUUUCCAGACCCAAGAGCCUCUCAUUCACUUAACUUUGUAUCUGAUUGCUUGGUCUUGUUUGGUGGUGGAUAUGAGGGAGGACGCCAUCUUGACGACACAUGGGUGACAUAUAUUGGUAAUGAUUGUCAAAGGAAGUUGAAGUGGCAGAAGCUUAAUUCAGGCAUUCCAAGUGGGAGAUUUGGACAUUCAUGUAUUGUAAUUGAUGAAUUUCUAGUUGUCUUUGGAGGAAUAGAUGAUCAUGGGAACCGUAUGAAUGACACAUGGAUUGGACAAUUAUCAUGCCAUGAGACUCUCGGUAUCACAUUGUCAUGGAAGCUGCUUGAUGUGGGAUCCAUUGUCCCACCCCAUCGUGGGGCUCAUGCAGCAUGCUGCAUCGGUACUAGGAAAAUGGCAAUCCAUGGAGGGAUUGGGCUAAAUGGCUUCAGAUUGGGUGACAUGUGGGUUUUAGAACUCUCUGAAAACUCAUGUUUUGGAACAUGGCAUGAAGUGGUGACAGAUCCGUUUCCUCCAGCUCGUGCAGGACACACACUGACAUGCAUUAGUGAAUCUCAGACAAUUCUAUUUGGAGGAAGAGGAUCAGGAUAUGAUGUGCUCAAUGAUAUCUGGGUGUUCUAUGGUGAUGAGGAUCAUCACAAGUGGGUGCAAAUACUCUAUGAACUACAAAACAUCCCUGGAGGAGUGUCACUCCCUCGAGUUGGUCACUCAGCUACUCAUAUCCUAGGUGGUGGAGUGCUAAUAUAUGGAGGGGAAGAUUCAUCUAGACACCGGAAAGACGAUUUCUGGGUGUUAGACUUGAGUGCAGUUCCAUCUAUUGGAGUGCAGCCAGUGACAGUGAACUCUAAACGAAUUUUGGCAAAAAUGUGGAAACGUUUAAGGGCAAAAGGUUAUAAACCCAAGAGUCGAUCGUUCCAUCGUGCCUGCAUAGAUCAUUCCGGGUGUCAUUUGUAUGUCUUUGGAGGAAUGGUGGAUGGGGUACUUCAGCCUGCUGAGCCAUCUGGGCUAAGGUUUGAUGGGGAGCUCUUUUUGGUAGAGCUUUUGCGUCAGCUGUAAAAACGAAUGAGAAUUAUGUUCUAAGAUAGGUUAUUUCAUGACUACUAUUACAUAUAAUGAUGUGGUUCUUGUACAGAAGUAGAUUAGCUUGUAGGUAAUUGCUUAUUAUAUUUUUCAUUAGUUUUAAGAUUCUCAUAGUGAAUUUGGGUUCUAAGGUUUAUUUAAACACGUGGGAUUGUGAGAUGAGCUAAUGAAAACAACAAAAUCAACUCAAGCUCAAUUAUGUUCU